AUGGCAAGCACAAACACAAUCAGAGCAUCCCUUGUCCAUCAACGACGACGAAGUGAUCCUGCCUCGUCAUCAUCUUCUUCUUCUUCCAGUCCAUCGAAUGGUCUGUCUCGAAGACGAAGCAUUCUGAGACACUAUGUUCGCUAUGCCUUUUUGAGCUUUAUCAUGUUGAUGUCGUCUCUGUCGUUCAUUUCGUACCAUGACAAGUACUUUUCACGACAAACCUACGAACGUCUGUCACCCACACAGCAUCCAGUCAAAGCCGUCGAGUCAAAGAAGACAACAAAGAAGAAACUCAAGAAGAAACGAAUUCUUGGACAACCUCCGACCAUUGUGUCUCGUUGGCCCACCAGUCAUGAUUUGACGGACUUUGUGACGGGCCCUGCGGCUCCCUAUUACACUAAUCACAACAACAAUCGCAGUCAGUUGGUGUUUCCAACAAUGGCGCACAAUAACCAAAGCGUGUGCGAAUUCCGCGACAUUUCCUAUUCGUUUCAUUUUCCUCAUGCCAUGCAACAAUUACUGCGAUGUUUCUCCUGGUGGCACGCCAAUCGUCAUCAACGACCCGUCUUGGUCUUGCCCGCCACACAUGCGCAAUACUCGUACACGUCCGCCUUUGUACAAGCACUCCGCGAUAUUUGGAAGGUCCAAGUCUUUUUUUUGCCAAAGAGUGACAAAGCAGAACGACCACUUCGUGCUAUUUCCGCAACGGUCCAAACCAACAAUGGCAAGACGCCCUUUCAAAUGACAUCCUUGCACGAUGCACAAGUUCUGCGAGAUGGAAUUCAGCAGCAUUACCACUUGUUGGACAACAAGAAUGACACGUUGCCAACCGCCAUCCAAACCAUCACGCACAACAAGAACCAAUCCACCACCACCACAAUGGCUCCUCCUGGAUGUCCCACUCCAAAUCACGACAACAAAUCCAUGCCCGUCGUGGGAUUCUUGAAUCGCCAGGGUGGUCGACGCGUCACCAACUACCAAGCCAUUCUUCAGGCACUCAACCUCACUAGUACUGUAUACUAUUUGGACUCGUUUGACCACACGACCUUUCUCCAACAAGCCGCGUUUAUGAGUCACAUGGAUAUCCUCAUUGGACCACACGGGGCGCAAUUGACCAGUGCGUUUCUGCAACCCACAUGUGGCGGCAUGCUCGAAUUGUUUCCCAAAGGCUUGUUUUGGACGUCCUUUUUUGGCACCCUCGCCACCACUACCGGUCAUCAUCACGCCGCUCUCUACACUGGCGGCGCACUUGCAAAGCAACAGAAUGAAACCAAGUAUUAUCAAUCCACAUUGGAAUUGCGAGUCCAAUCGCGCAAUUUUCAAAUUCAUGCCAAUCCACCGGCAGUCGUACAACAGGUAGAGCAAUUGAUCCAACAAUGGCGGGCGUGUUGUGACAGUAUGUAUGUCGAUGUGGAAGUAGAAGAACUAGAGGAGGAGGAAUGAGCAAAUAGAAAGAAUGGAUGUGAGGGGGGAACGAGCUUUCGCAGAUGAUGACGGAGGAUUGGUACCGCUAGGCAGCAGAGGUGCUGCGGCAGCCACCAUACACGGAGGGUGACGACAGCUCGCACAAGCGACAAACUUCUACAACAACGAGAAAGCGAGAGAACAACUAUGUGCAUGUACGUACACACGCAGCACUCACGUAAACACCUACACACAUAUCACACUUACACACUUACACACAGAGACACACUAGCUAGAUAGAUUUUCAUUUCAAUUCUGUUUUAUGAAUGGGUUUAUUGUACGGAA